AUGGAGGUUUGGUUAGGCUUGGUUACGACGACGUCGAGUUGGCGGCGGAGGAAGACUCGGCAUGAAGGCCAGCCGCCCGGUGGUGUGGUACGUAGUGGUAAUAGUACGCGCCCCGCUCCGAAACAAAGAAAAAGGUGCGUGCCGCACUCACGAGGGACUGCCAGUGAGAUACUGGAGGAAGGUGGGGAUGACGUCAAGUCCGCAUGGCCCUUAUGGGCUGGGCCACACACGUGCUACAAUGGCAAUGACAAUGGGAAGCAAGGCUGUAAGGCGGAGCGAAUCCGGAAAGAUUGCCUCAGUUCGGAUUGUUCUCUGCAACUCGGGAACAUGAAGUAG